AUGAGCGAGAUUAAAGGCAGAUGUACUUCUGCUGAUAAUAGAGAACCAUGGGGUGUGGUGGAUGCGAUGAAUAGCUCAUAUUCUAUAAGGGAGUUUGAUGCGGGUGAGAUGGAUGAUAUUUUAUCUGAAACAAGCAGUGAUUUAGAUGACUUUGGGGGAUUAGCCCGGAAAAAUUCAGGAAAGGACUCUACGUCUAGUAACUCUCGUCUUAUUUCUGUUGGCAGUGUUGAAGGGUCUGCCGAAUUGCCUGGUUCUUCCGAGUCAAGUUCUCGAAAUGCCAAGACAACGUCAAGGGGUAUUACUAAGGACAAGGCAGGCGCGGGGACGGGUUCACGUUUUAGCAAGCUACAGUCGAUAAUUAUCGGGAUCUCUUUAGUUGCAGGGCUUAUCAAUAUAACCCUCUUAACGGUGCUUGCUCGGGAUAUGCGUUCGUUUAUAAAGAACAACGAAUUAGAUUGCGACGGAGCAGGGGGAUUUAGAGAAAAACUGACAUGCCAGUUUGACGCUUACAUGGGGCACAGGGCCCAUGCAUAUGAGACGGUCCACGGGAAGAAGCAUAUUUCGCCGGUGCUAUCAACAUUUCUGGAGCUCCCAGCAGCACUUCCAGCCCUUCCAAGCCUUCCAACGGUCUCAGUGUCACAACAGUACCGCGAAUAUAGCUCGUUGUUAUCUUCUACGUACACACGAUACGCCAGUUUAUGUCACAAAAGAAUCGAACAAGUGUACUCAAACGGAAACAAGCUGAUGCAGUCAGAGAAAGUGCAAAGUGUGAAGAGACUCGCUGGGCGGUCGAAGCAAGCGGCAAAAGACCGGAUUGUUGCUGCUUCCAAUGCGACAAAAUUUAGGCUGAACAUGGUGAAGGAGGUAUACUGGCCCCGCCAGAGGGAAUGGCUACAUAAACUGCAAACCGAGGUGCAAACGCACACCAAGGAGCAGUACCUAUCGUUCAAGAACAGGGUUCAGAAUGCGAAGGACGUGUCCAUACCACGGCUCUGGCACAAGUCUCACGAUAAAGUCAGCACCAACUACCAUAGAGUGUUGGCCCUCUUGAGGAUAAAUUAA